AUGUCGCAGUUUCAGCAUCAGCAUCAGCAUCAGCAUCAGCAUCAGCAUCAGCAUCAUAUCACACGAGGAGCAGCAAGUUCACCACACAAGAGUGACUAUGCAUCGCUGUUGUUUUCGAAUGACGGAGAACCCCUUGAAUCAACCUUUUCCUUUACCAUGCCUUCAAACUUUGUGCAACCCAACAACAUUUCCACCUCCGAUGCCAUUGCGGAAUCACUCUCUAUCGUUCUAGAACCAAAGCCCUUUCGCGAUGGAAUCAACUUGCUUCAGGCCGGUGGCGAUUCUGGAAUCGUGUUUGUUCCCUCAGCGUCAUCGCCAUCAUCAAGUCAAGCGAAAACUGCGAACAUUUUGCGUCACCAUCAAUCGAAUGCUACUUUUGAAACGACGAUAGAUGAUUGGAUGCUAUCACAACCAUUGGACUUGGACACGCCUGAUAACUCGUGUUCCACUAUUGCGAUGUCGGAUGUCUCACCGAUAGCAGCCAGUGCUACACCAACUUUAUCCUCCUCAUCAUCAUCAUCAUCAACAACAACAAUGUCAUCACAGUUCCAUCUGGCACUGGGCGGUAUGGUUGCUGCUUCCAGCAGCAAUGUCAGUGAACAUCAUCCAUCCCAACAGAAGAGGACGACUUGUGAACAAAACCAUCACCAAGAACCCGAGAUCUCCCCAUGCUUUCCUCAUCAGGACGAGAAAUGGGACGAACAUUUCAAACGACUCUGUCAAUACAAGCAAAAGCAGGGCCAUUGCCACAUCCCACAAGCCCACAAGGACGACCCUGCAUUGGCCAGAUGGGCCAGACGCCAACGACAUCAAUACAAGCUCAAGGUGUCCAACAAACCAUCGUCCAUGUCUCUGGAUCGCCAAUUGAAACUCGAACAAAUUGGAUUCAUUUGGGAUCCGCAAACGGCCAGCUGGGAAACCCGUCGGCAAGAACUGGAAGAGUACAAGAAACGUCAUGGUCACUGCAAUGUACCCUGUCGGUAUGCCGAGAAUCCCCAACUGGCCACGUGGGUCAAGCGUCAACGGUGCCAAUUCAAAAAGUUUCAAAAACGAGACUUGCCGCGAUGGUCCAUGGAACGCUUUCAUAUUCUGACCCGAAUGGGUUUUCAAUGGAAAAUCCGAGAGGAAUAA